AGCUCAGUGCAACUUUGAAGGCCUUUGUUCCUGUGAAUGGAUCAGCAUGGGGGAGCAAGCUCUCCCUGGCUUUGGCUACUGCAGUUUCCUUUGGCUCCUGAUGCCCAUGGGACUAUUGAUAUAGAGUGAUGGAGGAGUGUCAUCAGUCAACAGAAACUUUCACAAAUGAGGGUGUGAAGACUUUGAAGGGUGAAGAGAUUUCCCUGUGAUUAUGAUAAUGUAUGAGUUUAAAGCCAAGAAUAUCAAGAAAAAGAAAGUAAGCAUUAUGGUUUCAGUAGAUGGUGUCAAGGUGAUUCUGAAGAAGAAGAAAAAGUUUCUUUUAUUGCAGAAAAAGGAGUGGACUUGGGAUGAGAGCAAGAUGCUGGUGAUGCAAGACCCCAUCUACAGGAUCUUCUAUGUCUCUCACGAUUCCCAAGACUUGAAGAUCUUCAGCUAUAUUGCUCGAGACGGUGCCAGCAAUAUCUUCAGGUGUAACGUCUUUAAGUCCAAGAAGAAGAGCCAAGCUAUGCGCAUCGUGCGGACAGUGGGCCAGGCCUUUGAGGUCUGCCACAAGCUGAGCCUGCAGCACACGCAGCAGAAUGCAGAUGGCCAGGAGGACGGAGACAGCGAGAGGAACAGCAGCAGCUCCGGGGAUCCAGGCCGUCAGCUCGCCGGGGCUGAGAGAGCCUCCACAGCUACUGCAGAGGAGACAGACAUCGAUGCUGUGGAAGUGCCACUCCCAGGGAGUGAUAUCUUGGAUUUCAGUCGAGGUGUGACCGAUCUGGAUGCUGUAGGGAAGGAAAGUGGCUCCCAUACAGACUCCAAGGCGUCACCCCAGCCCCAGGAGCCCACUCUGACAGCAUCGCCUCGGAUGCUACUCCCCUCUGCUUCCUCCAAGCCCCCAGGCCUGGGUGCAGGGACACCGCUGUCCACCCAUCACCAAAUGCAGCUCCUCCAGCAGCUCCUCCAGCAGCAGCAGCAGCAGACGCAAGUGGCUGUGGCCCAGGUUCACCUGCUGAAGGACCAGUUGGCUGCUGAGGCAGCGGCACGACUAGAGGCCCAGGCCCGCGUGCACCAGCUCCUGCUGCAGAAUAAGGACAUGCUCCAGCACAUCUCCCUGCUGGUGAAGCAGGUGCAGGAGCUGGAGCUGAAGCUGUCAGGACAGAAUGCCAUGGGCUCCCAGGACAGUUUGCUGGAGAUCACCUUCCGCUCUGGAGCCCUGCCUGUGCUCUGCGACCCCACCACCCCAAAGCCAGAGGACCUGCACUCGCCACCUCCCGGCGCGGGCCUGGCCGACUUGGCACCACAGACUGGCAGCCCCCUAGUGGACUACAGCAUGUUUGAGAACUUGAACACAGCCCUCACUCCAAAGCUCCAGACAAGCCGUUCCUUCCCACACUUGUCCAGGCCUGCAGCCCCCAGCCCCACGGGUCCUGGCUCUGCCACCCCCAGCUCUGCAGAGCCUGGUGCCCCGGGACUCUGGGUGGGCAGCAGCCAGCACCUCAAGAACCUGGGUAAAGCCAUGGGGGCCAAAGUCAAUGACUUCCUGCGGAGAAAGGAGCCCUCAGGCCUCAGCACCAUGGGCGUGACAGAGAUCAACAAGACAGCAGAGGCCCAGCUGACUGGUGGAGCUGACGCAGCAUCCGGGACCUGGAUGGAGGAUGAUAGGUCAGUCCUGCAGGAAGCCUUCCCUCGGCUGGAUCCUCCACCUCCCAUAACCAGAAAGCGAACUCCGCGGGCCCUGAAGACCACCCAAGACAUGCUGAUUUCUUCACAGCCCGUCCUCAGCAGUCUAGAAUAUGGGACAGAGCUGCCACCUGGGCAGCCCCAAGACUCCCUUCCCAUUGAGCAGCCUGCCUCAUCAGACACAUCUCAACCAGAGGUGGCCAGCGUGGAGAUGGGAGAGGGAAGUGAGACUCUGCCCAACGGAGAGGCGUCCCCGUCGGUGCCCGACCUCAUCCACAAGGACAGCCAGGAGGAACCCAAGCUAAAGAUGACCGAGCACAGAAGGGCUUCCUCGCCCAGCCUCAUGGAGAGGAACGGCCUUGGACUCAGCCUGAGCCCCAUCAGCCUGGCUGAGUCCUGGGAAAGUGGCAGUCCUCCUCAGGCACGGACAUCCAGCCUGGACAAUGAAGGCCCUCACCCCGACUUGCUGACCUUUGAGUAGAGCCUCUCGUCUGCCCUGCCAAACACCCCUCAUUCUUUCCUCUGCUGUUUCCUCCGU